AUGUUUAUUAAUAUACCAUUUAUUAUUAAACAAAUAAUAUUAUCAAAAUAUCUAGAUUUUAUAUAUUUUUAUAAAAAUAAAGAAUUAUGGAGAAAUGAAAUAUCAAAGAUUUCGUUGGUUUCUCAUGAAAUAUUUAAUAUAGUUUCUAGAUUAGUAAAAAAGUGUUAUCUACUUGAUCAUCAAAUCAACAAACAAAUCAGUUCAAAGUUCAAAUUAAUCAAAUAUGAAAAUAUAACAACAUUAAUAACAAAUAUUCCAAUCAUUUCAAUUAGUCAAUUUCUUCCAAAGUUAGAGUUGGUGAUCAUAUCUUUUCUUGAAGGUAACAAGCCAAAUAAUGAAAAGUUAUUAUCAUACAUUGAAAAUGGUGUGCAAGAUAAAAAUAAUAUUGCUAAAGUAAUCAUUGAAUCUUAUUCUCAAGUCAACACUUCUUCAACGCUAUUCAAAUUGUGUAACUACUAUCAAAGUAAUAGCUAUAGAGUUAGAGAGAGGUUGUUAUUUAGAAAUAUAGAUAUACUCCACCAUGAGGGUGUCUAUUUAUUGAAUUCAUUAGUCAAGCUUUCACCAACUUCCAUCAACUUCCUAGCAUUGCCAAGAUAUCAUCAUUAUAGUUAUGAAGAUCUACUCGAUACAUCAAACAGCUUGCAGUCGGUUUCAAUUACUUAUGAUUUCAUAGAGCCAUACCAUUUCACGAGUAUAGUUGCCGGUUUAAAGUCAUUGAAAUCGUUGAGAGUCAUGGUUAAUUUUCAUCAGAUUGCAAUGAGCUUCCUAGAGAAUAGAGUCGAUUGGAGUGGAGACGAACACAAGUGUUACAAUCGUGAUACAGAGCCGGCAUACAAGACCAAACUGUACAAACAUUGGGUAAGGUUUUUGGAUCAGAUAGCAGAACAUCCAAGCUUGUCAGAUCUAACAAUCAUUGAUGUCGAUUGUAAAAAUCCCACACACAAUUUCCUAUCGCAUCAAGUAGAGACAAGAGCUCAACUCAUGGCACCACUGAGCCAAAUGUUACAGAAGAAAUCAAAUUUACAAUCUCUAUUCAUAUCAAAGUUGGGUGUUGGUAUUUACGAUGACUCUUUGUUUAAAAACACAAUACAAUCAAUUUUUAUAAAUCAUAAUAUAACAACAAUCAAAUUAUUAUAUCCAGAUCUUUCAGCAGAGGUAAUGGAUUAUAUCUUUGACAACUAUCAUCUUUACAAACAAAUAAAGAGUGUCCAACUAUUCACACAACAACAUCAUCAAAAGAUACUCGAUUUCAUCGACUCUAUUCCAAAGUUGGAAUCAUUUUAUUUCUCUAUACCAAUAGAAAUGGCAGAUUCUCUAUUCGAUGUUUUGGAGAAACUCUAUCGAUACAGUAUUAUCAAUAAUAGAAUCAUACCAAAGUUAAUCAAUGUCGUUGGAUCAAAAAGAGAAUUCUUUUCAUUUCAAAAUCAUAUCAAACAUAACGAUUAUAUUCCAUUAGAAAUCAUUAAAUUCGAUUUAUGA